AGGGGUUUGCCAGGUUUGGAGGGGUUGCUUUGCCGCAGUUUGAGGUAUUUUUCUGCCUUUGGGCCUAGGCCCUGCCAAAGCCUUCCCUGCUGUAGCGGGCCAGGAGAGCAGGGAAUGGUGUGACCGUUACGGGCCCCCUGAGAGGACUGGAGGCACAGGUGCCCUGCCCUGCCCUUCCUGCAAGUCAGUUCCUUUCUCUUGGGCAUCAGGUGGGGCCAGAGCCCAUCCCACCCUGUCCCACAUGUGGCAGCAGCCGCGGGCCGCGGGGAGGCCUCUGAGAUGGCGGCAGCAGCUUGGGCAGGGCCCCAUCUGUCUGGUCCUCACCAUGGUGCUGGUCACACAGCUGGAGCACUCGGACACCACGGGCUGUGAGAUGGGCGAGUACCGCAAUGGCACCGAGUGCUGUCCCACGUGUGGUGUGGGGGCCAACCUGGUGACAGCAGCAGCGUGUACCUACACGAAGAACACGGUGUGUGGCUGUCGGCCAGGGCACUUCUGCAGCUCCCCUGGGCCUGAAGGCUGUGAGCUGUGCCAGCCCUACACUGUCUGUGUGCCUGGCACUAUGGUCAAAGAAUGGGGUACAGCCACCAAGGACCAUGUGUGUGAAGUCUGUCCUCCUGGCACCUUCUCUUCAACCAACAUGUCUGUGGCCUGCACACAAUGGCCCAGACUUAAGGAGCGGGACCCUUCCCCAGCUCUACCUGAGCCAGCAGUCAUAGCAAUCCUUGUCUCUGUUGUGAUCGUGGUGGCUGUUGUAGCUGCCAUCACACAUACCUGUCAGAGGAGGAAAAUGAGAAGUCGUGUGCCAUCGGUGCAGGAGUCUGAGCAUGAACAGCGUGGUCAGGCUUUGAGGUCCGUGGAGGAGAAAGGGGCUCAAACAACUGUUCCUGUGCAAGAAGUUGGUGCUGACCCUGAAGAAACCAAGCCUGAAUCGGAGAGUCUUGUUUGACCCAUGGCAGACAACGGGGAUGGUUAAAAACAACCAAGGACUGUACAUUUUUUCUACAUCUGCAUGAAUGACUGUCAUCUUUCCUUCCCCUGUGGACAGCCGACACUUGGUACACACUGAUUAUUCCUUUAUUGCUUGUUGUUGGGAAAAAGUGUGGGUUUUUCCAUUUUAAUCACUCCACAUAACUCAUACAUAACAGAGUUUCUAAAUGUAUUUGAAAAGAUUUUUCCUUUUUAGGAGUAAAGAAUAUAUUGCUGAGAAAAGGAAUUGUGCACAGCAUGGCGCAUAUAAGUUUUAAUAAAGAAAGUUAAUAUCCUAUGUGA